AAAAAAUGUAAGAAAUUGAAGCGAAGAAGCAAUUAAAAGCAAGUGAAGGAGCUCAUUUUUUUUAUACUUUGAUAUUCCUUACAGCUUCUGGUAUAAUAGAGACUCAAUUUAUUGAACAGAAAUGUAAUCAAAAUCUGCAAUUGUUUGUUCACUUAGUAUUCUAUGGAUUAAUCAUCUGGGGUACUUACAUUUUAAUUACGUUGAUACCAAGGUAUGUGUUAUACGUUGAAUUUAAUUAGAUAUAAAAAUGCAGCAAUCAACCUAUUUUUCAAUUUUCUUGAUAUCUGUUUUGGUAUAUACAUAGGACUGUUAUUGUUUUUUGGAGGACGCAUGUACAUGGCAUCUAAUGAUUGUUUAGCUGAAGCUCCUGCAUUAUACUUCUUUUUGGAGACAUUUUUGUUGGUACUCUUUUAAUUUGAAAUUAUUAGGUUAACGGCAUCAUAUUUGCAAUAUUGUUUUUAGCAUUUGUGUCGUAUGUCUUAAAGAGAUUUUCUAAAUCUUAAUAAGUUUAUGAUGAAGGUAAAGAUGAAUUUUAUGAUGCAUGA